AUGUAUUUAAAAUUAAUUUUUUGGAUUUUAUUUUUAUUAAUUUUUGUCAACACUUCCGCUGAGAGAAAUUGUAAUUGCCCUAAAAAUGGGGGGAAAGUUUUGUACAAACGUCGCUAUAAAAGAGGUAGCGGAUGCAGUUGCUUAAAGGGAGGUGGAGGUUCUAUAAGUGAACAUUCUGAAGGUAACCGUCAUGGAGGAACUAGAAGUUCUGGAAGUGGAAGUGAGGGUUCUGAAUCAGAGGAAACUGAAAGACAAAGUCAUGGAGAUGGGACUCAAGGAGGAUUCGGUGAAAUAUUUCCAGGAGAACGUGGAGGAUAUGGAGAACACGAAUAUGGAGAACCGAGCCAAGGUGUGACAUCCAAUGUGUCAGAAUUUGGAGGAGGUUAUACUGGAAGCUAUUUUGGACAAAGCUCAGGAGGUGCUCAUGAAGAAGGAAAAAAGAAAAUUUUGUUUAUUUGUGACAACUAUUUCUACUCUCACUUGAAAUUCAAUGUAAAUUUUAUAUCAAAAUUGUAUGAGGGGAAGGAAUGCUUCCGGGGCGGGGUGUACUUUUUAAAAAUUACGAAUUACGGCAUUUUUUGA